AUGGGGCUGCGCGCUCUUGGCGCGGCGCAUGAAUCCGAGGCUCGGCAGGCCGCGCCCGGAGCGCGGGGCUCUCACGGGCCGCCCCCCGCUCCGCCCAUGGCCUCCCCGCUGGAGGACCCCAUCCUGAUCCGGCCUCUCCGCGGCCACACGGCGGCGGUGACGGGCGUCGCCUUCGACGCGAACGCGGCGGAGCUGGUUACCUGCUCUGUGGACAGGCUGCUCAUAUUGUGGAAGCUGAGGACGCCGUGCAGUGCCUACAGAUUUUCAGGGCAUGCAGAAGCGGUGACAAGUGUAGAGUUCUCACCAGAUGGGCGGGUGCUGGCUUCAGCUUCUCAGGAUCACACUGUCAGGCUAUGGAUUCCUUGCAUUCAUGGAGAGUCAUCAGUACUGAAAGGUCAUACAGCAUCUGUUCGGAGUGUGAGCUUCUCCCACGAUGGCUACUCUGUAGUUUCAGCGUCCAAUGAUAAAUUAAUAAAAAUAUGGAGUGUUUGCUAUCAGCGCCUUUUGUUUACCCUAUUCCAACACACUGGUUGGGUUUGCUGUGCCAAAUUUUCGCCUGAUGGAAGAAUAAUAGCAUCUUGUGGUGAGGACAAAUCUAUUAAAAUCUGGGAUACAAGAAAUAAAAUUUGCAUUAAUACCUUCUCAGAUUAUGAAGGAUUUCCAACUUCUGUGGAUUUCAACCCAAGUGGAACAUGUAUAGCUUCUGCAGGUUCCAACAACACAGUGAAACUAUGGGAUAUUCGAACGAACAAGCUACUGCAGCAUUUCAAAGUUCACAGAGCAGGGGUUAAUUGUAUAUCAUUCCAUCCUUCUGGUAACUACCUCAUCACUGCUUCUUCUGACGGUACCCUUAAGAUUCUGGACCUCUUAGGAGAAAGACUUAUUUACACUCUUCAUGGACACAAGGGACCUGUACUUUGUGUGGCUUUUUCAAAAGGUGGUGAAAAUUUUGCCUCAGGUGGAGUGGAUGCUCAGGUGUUACUAUGGAAAACCAACUUUGAUACUUUGGAUUAUGAAGAAGUUCUCGAACACAAUUUUAGAAGAACACAUAUUGAUGAUCCUCCUCAUCUUCUUGAUAUUUACCCAAGGUCAUGUCAUUUCCAUGAUGAAAAACUUACAUCAGUUGAGGUCGACCCUACCUUUGAUGUGCCUGAUAUGCAAACACCUGACCCAGUUAUCAUCGAUAUUCGAACAUCUUCAUAUAUCAGUACUCCAGGUGUUGGCAAAAGUGAAGAACUGCUGAGUCCCUCUGCUUCUCCCUCAGCAAGAAGUUCAAAAAGGAAGGCAGAGAGUGAGAGUGGGUCAGCUGUGCUUAAUGUGGAACAGCAGAGAGGCAUCUCCUCCUCCGUGGACUGUGCUUUGGACCACAUUGUGGGCCAGCUGGAGAUGUUAACUCUAACCAUUUCAGUCCUGGAAGAACGUCUCACUUGUACAGAAGAUAAAUUGAAAGAAUGCAUAAAAGAUCAGCAAAAAAUGUUACUUAAGGGAAAACAGAACUAAUAAAAUACGAAAAUGAACUAUGUUGAUGAGUAUGUAUGAGUAUGUGAUGAGUAAAAUCACAAGGAAUGUUUUUUCACUGGAUUUUGCUGUAAGCAGAAACAUCAAAUCAAAGUAAUAAAAUGGAAGAAAUUAAAAAAGUUUCAAACAUUGGUAGCAAGCAGCUAUUCUGGUUAUCUAUUCAAUGAAGUGCAACCCAAUCAAAACUAGAACUUUCUAAAUCAUUUCCAUUGAACAUUCCAGAACUCUUAUUUGAUUUUUAAACUCAGUGAACAAUUGUGAAAAUAAUGUUCUUUGUGCUAAGACAAGGUUACUUAAACACCUAAAUUAAGUAAGAUAUGUUGGCAAACAUAAUACAAAAAUGCCAGAGGUGUUCUUUGUCCCUUACAUAUUCUCAAGUGUUUUACCAAAAAGUAGUGUGCUAUUCCAUGUUUUCUAAACAUUUUAGUAAUGAUUGCAAGAAGAUGUAGUGUGAAAGCUCUUAGUUACAAAUGCAGAAAUUAAGUCACUUUAACUUUGAAGCUAUAAUUGCAUCUUUGUGAAUCCAGCUGCAAAACAUGAGUUUUGAUGCACUUGAACACUUCUGCUUAUCGUAUCCCCAUCAAAAUUCACUUUUCAUAUUUAUAAAAAUAAAAAUGAGCGUUAUACUUCUGAAGAAUAUAUUUGAACCAAACACAAAAAUAUGCAAAAUCUAGGUCAUAAAUACAAAAGAUUCUUAUCCUAUAAGAAUGUCCACGUGUGCUCAAGCUUUGCGUGCUGUGAAUGUACCUGAUCAAGUAAUGCAUUGUGAAUGCAGACAUAAGUCAGGAAAAACUUUGCAGUGUAUGA